GGGAGGUGGGGCUCGGGGGAGCGCGCAGCCUCUUUGGAGAGCCGCAGGGCCACCACCCGCGCCUGAGCCUUGGAUCCCUCAACGUACUGCGAGACGCCGGUGUACAGCCCGGACCUGUGCCCCAACAUGAUCGCCGCCCAGGCCAAGCUGGUUUACCAGCUCAACAAAUACUACACCGAGCGCUGCCAGGCGCGCAAGGCGGCCAUCGCCAAGACCAUCCGAGAGGUCUGUAAGGUGGUCUCGGACGUGCUCAAGGAGGUGGAGGUGCAGGAGCCCCGCUUCAUCAGCUCGCUGAGCGAGAUCGAUGCCCGCUACGAGGGGCUCGAGGUCAUCUCGCCCACCGAGUUCGAGGUGGUGCUCUACCUCAACCAGAUGGGCGUCUUCAACUUCGUGGACGACGGCUCGCUGCCGGGCUGCGCGGUGCUCAAACUCAGCGACGGCCGGAAGCGCAGCAUGUCCCUCUGGGUGGAGUUCAUCACCGCGUCCGGCUACCUCUCGGCGCGCAAGAUCCGCUCUCGCUUCCAGACGCUGGUGGCCCAGGCGGUGGACAAGUGCAGCUACCGGGACGUGGUCAAGAUGAUCGCCGACACCAGCGAGGUCAAGCUGCGCAUCCGGGAGCGCUACGUGGUGCAGAUCACCCCGGCGUUCAAGUGCACCGGGAUCUGGCCACGCAGCGCGGCGCAGUGGCCUAUGCCCCACAUCCCCUGGCCCGGCCCCAAUCGGGUGGCGGAGGUCAAGGCCGAAGGGUUCAACUUGCUCUCCAAGGAGUGCUACUCGCUGACCGGCAAGCAGAGCUCGGCCGAGAGCGACGCCUGGGUGCUGCAGUUCGGGGAGGCGGAGAACCGCCUGCUGAUGGGCGGCUGCCGGAACAAGUGUCUCUCGGUGCUCAAGACGCUGCGGGACCGCCACCUGGAGCUGCCGGGCCAGCCGCUCAACAACUACCACAUGAAGACGCUGCUGCUGUACGAGUGCGAGAAACACCCGCGGGAAACGGACUGGGACGAGGCGUGCCUGGGCGACCGGCUCAACGGCAUCCUGCUGCAGCUCAUCUCGUGCCUGCAGUGCCGCCGCUGCCCGCACUACUUUCUGCCCAACCUCGACCUCUUCCAGGGCAAGCCCCACUCGGCCCUGGAGAGCGCUGCCAAGCAGACCUGGAGGUUGGCCAGGGAAAUCCUCACCAAUCCCAAAAGCCUGGACAAACUAUAGGGCGCCUGGGACUGCUUGAAAAGCGACAACACGCGCGGGCGGGCUCUCAGACACACAGCACACGACUCCGCGAGCGGCAGCGCAGACUCGGGACACAAACUUUUAUGUCGGUCACCUGAAAGGCACGGGCGACGGGCAGAAGAGCUCCGCUCAUGGAGAAGCCAACGGAAAAAGAGAGCAAACCAACCAACCAACCAAAAAAGAAAAAAAGGAAAAUCACACUCUUGCACAAAAGUGAUCAAGUGAUCGUUUCUUUCCAAACAAUGUGAAUUUAAAAGGUCACACAAAAGAAGCAUUCGGGCUUUGCCACCACAAAAUGAAACCCAAGGUACAGUUUCAAAUCAAUGUAUAGUAGCUUUCGCCCCUUUUCCCUCUGUCCCCUCUCCUUUCUCUUUGCUCUCUCUUCAUUUCGUUUUGCUUUUGGUUGCCUGAAUGUUGUCACCAAGUGAAAAAACUUAUUUAACUAUAUGUAAAAUUUCUCUUUUAAAAAAAGUUUUACUGAUGUUAAAUGUAUCUCAGUGCCAAUGUCAGACUGUGCCCUCCUCUCUCCUCUCUACCCUCACCCCAA